UGCGGCUCGUUUGUGUCAGUCCCCGGAGAGAGCGCGGGUGGCGAGCCAGGCGGCGGGACAGCCGCAGGUGGGGCCUGGAGCCGUGGCUAGACCAGGGCGGCACCGAAGCCCUGCGCGGGAGCCACGAUGCCCCGCGGGGACUCGGAGCAGGUGCGCUACUGCGCGCGCUUCUCCUAUCUUUGGCUCAAGUUCUCUCUCAUCGUCUACUCCACUGUGUUCUGGCUGAUUGGGAGCCUGGUCCUGUCAGUGGGGAUCUACGCAGAGGUCGAACGGCAGAAAUACAAAACCCUUGAGAGCGCCUUCCUGGCCCCAGCCAUCAUCCUCAUCCUCCUGGGGGUGGUCAUGUUCAUCGUCUCCUUCAUCGGGGUGCUGGCUUCCCUCCGGGACAACCUGUGGCUUCUCCAGUCGUUUAUGUAUAUCCUGGGGAUCUGCCUCAUAAUGGAGCUCAUCGGUGGCAUAGUGGCUCUGAUCUUCCGGAACCAGACCAUUGACUUUCUGAAUAACAACAUUCGGAGAGGAAUUGUCAACUACUACGAUGACCUGGACUUCAAGAACAUCAUGGACUUUGUUCAGAAGAAGUUCAAGUGCUGCGGUGGGGAGGACUACAGAGACUGGAGCAAAAACCAGUACCAUGACUGCAGCGCCCCCGGGCCCCUGGCCUGUGGGGUACCUUACACCUGCUGCAUCAGGAACACGACAGAUGUUGUCAACACCAUGUGCGGCUACAAAACAAUCGACAAGGAGCGCCUGGACGCACAGAACUUCAUUCAUGUGCGGGGCUGCACCAACGCCGUGCUGAUAUGGUUCAUGGACAACUACACCAUCAUGGCGGGUCUGUUACUGGGCAUCCUGCUUCCUCAGUUUCUCGGGGUGCUGCUGACCCUACUGUACAUCACCCGCGUGGAGGACAUUAUCCUUGAGCAUUCUGUCACUGAUGGAUUGCUGGGACCUGGCGCCAAGUCCAGCGCGGACACAGCAGGCACUGGGUGCUGUCUGUGCUAUCCCAAUUAGGGCCUGGCCUGGCACAGCGGCCCCAGCAGGACUGUUCUGCACAGCGAGUCCCAAGUCUUACACAAGCUGGACAGGACCGGCUGCAGCUCCCCCGCCCACUCGCGGCACCGACCGAAGCCCAGGGCGUAUGUGCCUGUGUGCAGUCUCUGACAGCCACUCCUCCCAGGGGAAGAAGGCUGAGCCCCGUGGGUCCCCCAGGGAACAGGGACGGCCCAGAAAAGAAGCUCAGGGCUCAGUAUGGACUCU